CCAAAACGCGUUUUUGUUUGUGGUAUCAUACUCUGACAACAGGGUCAAAAUUAAAAAUCAUACAUCAGAGGCCGAGCAGCAAUAUAGGUAGGAUAGGAAGCCCACGUUCACUUGUGGUUCGGAGUUUGAUCCCUAUCAUUGCUUUUUUUUUCUUUACCUCACUUGAACUCAGCUUCACACGUCUAGGGGGUGUUUGGUUCAAUUUCUAGAAAUUAUAGGAAAUGUUUUCCACCUAAAAUAGGAUUUCCUUGUAUUUCUUAAAAAAAUUAUAGGAAAAGUUUCGAGAAGUCAAAAAUACCAAUUUUCGAUCACCAGUGAACCCCCCUGAUGGCAGACGCCUGGAGUCGUCAUUCCAUCUACACCGUCCCGGACACAUUCACCUUUCUUCGAUCUCCCUUCUUAGACCUCUCUCCUCCAAGUUCCAAGAUUCAGAUUCUUGAUCAAGAUUCAACGACAUGUCUGAAACCUGGGUUUCUCGAUUGAUAUCGGAUAUAGAGUGGCUCAAUAGCAGAAAUGCCCUGAUGGCAGACGCCUGGAGUCGUCAUUCCAUCUACACCGUCCCGGACACAUUCAGAAGGAUUAGCCCACAGAUCCAUAAGCCUUCAACGUGCAGCAUCGGACCUCGGCACUAUGGAGAUCCGAAUCUCCAUCGUAUGGAAUGUCAUAAACACAGGGCCUUACAGAACUUCCUCGUCCGAUGUCGAGUGUCGAUCCAUGACAUCAUAGAAGCCCUGAACAAGAACCUGCACGACUUCAGAGCCUGCUAUCAAGAUCUUGAUACAUUUUGGAUGAAAAAUGAUGAUGAGUUCCUAAGAAUCAUGCUUUAUGAUGGAGCAUUCAUGAUCGAAAUAAUGUUAGCGACCUUUGAAACAUAUGUGUGCGCACCUUCUAGUUAUCACGCAAAGGACCCAGUAUUCAAAAAACCAUACUUGGUUGAAGAUCUUCGUGUAGAUAUGCUCAGGUUGGAUAAUCAAAUUCCAAUGAAGGUCCUGGAGAUAUUGUCUGAAUUCUGCAAAAACAAGUCUGUCUUCCAGAUUCAAAGCAUUCACCAGCUAAUCAGACAUUUCUUCUUCCACAAAUAUGAAGAGGGAAGAUAUGAUAUUAGCCAAACCUCUAGGAUAUUUCACCUAACGGAGAUAACAGGGCAUCACCUGCUGGAUGUGUACAAGAAAACUCUUAUACAGAAUGGAGGUUAUCAUCACACCAACAGUCGCCAACCACUAUCGGCAGUUGAACUACAGGAGGCGGGCGUAAUUUUCCAGUGCAGUGAAACGCCAUCAUUAACAGAUAUAAGCUUCGCCAAAGCUGUCCUUUGCCUACCUGCAGUCGACGUUGACAAAGCAUUUGAAGUUGUUAUGCAGAAUCUCAUUGCCUAUGAGCAAGCACAUGGCGAAGGUCAAGAGGUAACAUCCUAUGUGUUUUUUAUGGAUGGCAUUGUAAACAAUGACAAAGAUAUUGCCUUGCUUCGAGAGAAGGGUAUUAUCAGGUCGGGAGUAAGCAGUGAUAAGAGGAUAGCCGAUCUUUUUAAUGGACUGACAAAAGGUCCAGUUGCAAAAGUUGUCGACAAUGUUGAUGUUGAUGUAACCCAGGACAUCAAUGACUAUUGCAAUAGAAGAUGGAACAGGUGGCAAGCCAACUUUAAGCAGAGAUACUUUACGAAUCCAUGGGUAACUUGCUCACUCAUUGUGGGAGCUCUAGUAUUAGGUCUCACCAUUACUCAAUACAGUAUAUGAUGUCCUUUCUUAUAAUAAGUGAAGUUAAUGUAACUCUCAUACUCGAAAAUGUAUGGAUGAUUCCAGUCUUGAUCCCAGUCUUUUGUCCUGGCUGUGUGGCCAUUGUAAGCAUUGUAAUUUGAGACAAUGACAAGGAUGAAUAGGCUAAUAUCAACUGAAAAAGGUUCAUAAGGCAGAAGGAAAGUUGUUACGAGAGUUGAGGGUUACAUUUUUAUACUCUAACAUGACCCUCCAAGUGAGCGCACACUUUCAUGAGCUGAAUCUGGACUUUUCUUGUAAAAUCCACUUUAGAAAUUCAAAGUCAGUAAAAAUUGAACCUGGCUUACUCUAGUAACAUGUCAAAACACAAUGCCAAUAAAGCAAAACUCUGAAGUUGUGGUGAGGAUUGAAGAUUACAAUUUCAUAUUCUACAAUUAUAAACCCAAAUAACCCAAGCCAUCUCUCAAUAACUGUCUCUGUGCAGUGACACACAAAGGUGACUGACACCUUGGCCAGUUUGGAAGUAAUGAUGGUUGUCUUUAAGAACUUUGAUAUUCUGUAAUUCUAGAGUCCUUGGGUUUGACUUUUGAGUUUCAAUGGUUUCAAUAAUUCCUGACAGAAACAAGGCCAAGAAUCAAGAUCUUUUCUGAACUAGGUUUUCCGAAUAGAUCUAGUAACAAGUGAUCCCAAAGGAUGAAUCAAUUUCUGCCUAAACUCCAAAGGGUCCGAUCAAAGGUAAGAGAAACAAAUACGAGGAGAAACGGAACAAAGAACACCCUGGUACUGAGAAUCCCCUUCCCAAAUUGCUACCAAAUGCAAAAACUUUUAGAGCUUAUGACGAGUUCCAGAUUCAGGGUUUUUCGUCCUUAAUUGAACUUGAAACCAAUGGGCUGCCAAUCUCUUGGUAAUUUCCCUAAACCUAGUUACAUUCACUUGAUCUAUUCCUCUUUUCUAAAGCAAAUAUCCCUAGAUAGCAUCUUAACACUUGAAAGCUGCAUAAUCUUCCUUUCAAUUCAAAAAGCAAAAUACAUAUAACUGAACUAAAAAGUAGAGACAUUGUUGGUAAUGAAAAUGAAUAUAUCAUCUUGAUCUUCUUCACAAAUUUGAUUAUUUUCCUCACAAGUCUAUCCCAUCUAUUCAUAUAUUAAUAUUCCUCCUCCAGGGUUUCCAAAUUUGCGCACAAAUUCCAACAAAGAAGUGUCUGGAACAAACACCAAUCUAAAGUUACAAAAAACUGAUGUUUCCUGAUACAUACAAUCAUCUUGUUGCUAUUGCUAUAAUUAGGCAUAUUAGAAAUACUAGGAAGCAUGAAGUAGACAACAAGAAGAAAAUAAAAUGAGGUUUUAAUCUCAAUCAUUAACUAACAAUAAUACAGAUAGAUCAAAGAGGAAUUAGAGAAAAAGAGGAGAAACAUUUUACUCGUGAUAAAAGAAAAAGUAUUUUAGCAGUAACACUCUUCACAAGUCUAUACACCCUUCAAAACCCAGCUUUUACAUGAAGCAAUCACCACUCUUACUUUCCAAGACCUAUUUCACCCUUUUCAUCCUUCCUUGAGAUCCCUCACCAAGACUAAAAAGGAUAUAUAAAUAAAUAAAUAAAAAUAGAAGUUAUAGCAUUUAAAACAAGCAUGCAAACAAUGUCCAUCCGUAAUUUUACAG